AUGUUUUUCAAAUUAAUUUUAUUUAGCGUCGCAGUACAUUUAGUUUAUGUUACUGCCUGCCCUACUAUCGUCAGUAGGGAUGAAUGGGGUGGAUACGAUCCAAUUCGCGAUAUAAGGUUCCCUGGGCCUGUAGAUAUAGUUGUUAUUCAACACACCGCUACUUCUAAAUGUAGCAGAGAUUCGACAUGUAAAGCCAUGAUACAGGGCAUUGAAGAUUAUCACGUCGAUACUUUAUUCUACAACAGCAUAGGGAUGAACUUCCUGAUUGGUGGAAAUGGAAAAGUUUACGAAGGUGCUGGCUGGGAACAAAUAGGGACCCACACUGCAGGAUAUAAUCACAGAUCUAUUGCCAUAUCGUUUAUUGGAAACUAUGAACAUGACAACCCUACCGAUGCACAGCUUAAAAUAGCGCAAGAGCUCAUAAGGUGCGGAGUGGAAAAGAAAUAUCUUGCUCCCAACUAUCAUCUAGUUGGCCACAGACAACUCAUUGCAACAGUGAGUCCCGGCAGGAACCUUUACAGAAUAAUACGCGGCUGGCCUAAUUUCUUAGCUGACGUCUCAUCUAUAAGAAAUUAAUGCAUUCUAGUUUUCACUGAUCACACAAAAUGAAAAUAUUGUUUUUUUUUUUACAUUUUAGGUACAUACGUUUUUAAUAUGAAAGCUUAAAACUCUUGCUUAUCAAAGAUGCCUCUAUCAAUGUUAGCCUUGAAGACGAGUGUAUUUUUUGCAAUUUGGCUAAACGUAAAUUUCUUUUUAAUUAAUUUUUUGAUGUACUCUUUAUACCUAAAAUUAGACAUUAAGUUUUCUGUUAAAUUUAAUUACUAGUUAGAGAGUUUGUGUUAAAUGUAAGUAGGGGAGCGAGGGGCUUGUUGUAACAUUUUUCAUGAAAACUAAUAUAUCUUGAAAUCUAUUGAUUAUAUUGCUACUAAAUAAAGA